AUGACGUCAUCAACCGCUCUAAUAUACCUUCUCCCGCAGCUCGCAGUCCUCUCCGGGUUGGUGAUAUCCGCAUCCUGCAUGCUGCUGCAUCAGCCCCGUAUACCAUUCGCUGGAGUCCAACCUUCAUACUACGACUCGAACCCGAACUACAACUUUGCUUACGAAGUCAACGAUGCUCACACUGGUGACAUUAAAAGCCAACAUGAAAGCAGACGAGGCGACACUGUUCUAGGACAGUACUCCUUGCUCCAACCCGAUGGCAUCCGAAGAACGGUAGACUACAGAGCUGAUGACCAUACCGGCUUCCAAGCCACUGUGAACAAUGAUGGUAGAGCGGCCGGCCAUGCUCAAGCAGUAAGCAAUGAUAUCGGAAGAUAUCCCAAUCUUGCAGUCCAGACGUACAAUACCUACCCUGCCCCAACUGCCCACCCUUCCCCAGCACCCAUUCCGGUAGCCUACUCCAGGUCUUCGUUCUCACAAACCAUUUCUCAUGGAUCUGCUGCCUUAGCCCAUAACCCCUGGCCGUAAAUGAAGAAUGAAUGUAAAACUCGUGGCUUAUGAAACGGACUCCGAUGUUGCAUUUAUAUUUUAAGUUGUGUAAUAUUUUCGCUAUGAAUAUCUAUUGGAGUGACUAAGAAGUAAUGUACUAGACCGGACCUAGUUAG